AUGCCUGCCCGCGCGAAGAAAGCAGAGGUGUCCGAAGACACCAGCAUGGAGGAUGCUCCCCCGUCGGCGCAGCAAGCGCAGGAGACUGGCGACGAGAUGCAAGAAGAUCCUUUCGAGGAGGAGGAUGGAAGAGCCGAGGAGGAAGAGGAGGUUGUCCAGAGAGUCAGGAUCCUACCCGGUUCUUCCGCUACUGCUGCUUCUUUCGAAUUCCUCGAGGAGGGUCACACAUUGGGCAACGCCUUGCGAUAUAUCAUCAUGAAGAACCCUGAUGUCGAGUUUUGCGCAUACGCUAUCCCUCACCCUUCAGAGGCCAAGAUGAACAUUCGUAUUCAAACAUAUGGUAUGGGCUUUCCUGCUGAUGAAUUAUCUCAAGAGCUAGCUAUUGAUUUCAAUACAGACACAACGACAGCAACUGCUGCUCUGGCCAAGGGCUUGAAGGACCUGGAAGAUCUCUGUGACGUUGUGGAAGACAAGUUCUGGGCUGCACGAAACGAAUUUGUGGCAGCGCAAUGA